AUGGAUCUAUUCCAGCAACUAUUGACUUCUGAUAUACCGUCGGCCUUAUGGAGUCUUAAAGACAUCUUGGAAGUAAAUCUAUCAUCAAAUUCUUUAAGUGGUUCCCUCUCUUCAGACUUACAAAAUUUAAAUGUUAGAGUUCUUGAUUUGUCAAAGAAUCAAUUAUCAGGUAAUAUUCCUGUCACUCUCGGGCACAUUGCAACUCUAGAAACUCUAUCUUUGGCUGACAAUAAAUUUGACGGGCCUAUCCCUACCACAUUUGGCACUUUGAUAAGCUUGGUAUCACUGGAUCUCUCAAACAACAGUCUCUCAGGUGAAAUUCCUAAGUCAUUGGAAUCGCUCUCAUAUCUAAAAAACUUUAACGUGUCUCUUAAUAGGUUAGAAGGAGAAAUUCCCACCAAAGGACCUUUCAGAAACUUUUCAGCUCAGUCAUUUUUGUUAAAUCAUGCAUUAUGUGGAUCACUAAAGCUAGGCGUACCUCUGUGCGAGGGUGGCACCAUCAAACGAUCAAAGACAACCACUACACUUGUAUUGAAAUAUGUUUUGCCUUUGAUCUUGUCAAUUUUAUUGAUAGUGAUUGUCAUCAUUGUCUUCAUAAGGUAUCGGUACAGAAGAAAAGAUUCUCCAAUUGAUGAAGUUGAUUUGUUACCUUUAGCAGAAUGGAGAAGAACAUCAUAUCUAGAAAUUCAACAAGCAACUGAUGAUUUUAGUGAGUGCAACUUGCUUGGUAUAGGUAGUUUUGGCUCAGUAUUUAAAGGGAUACUUUCAGAUGGGAGUAAUGUUGCGAUAAAGGUUUUUAAUUUACAAGUAGAGCGUGUACUUAGAAGCUUUGACGCUGAAUGUGAAGUGUUGCGCAACAUUCGUCAUCGGAAUAUCAUAAAAAUCUUGAGCAAUUGUAGUAAUAUUGAUUUCAAGGCCUUGAUACUUGAAUUUAUGCCAAAUGGUAGCCUUGAGAAGUGGUUGUAUUCUCACAACUAUUUUCUAGAUUUGCUGCAAAGGUUGAAUAUAAUGAUAGAUGUUGCAUCCGCUCUUGAGUACCUCCAUCACAGUUAUUCAACAUCUAUCGUCCACUGUGAUUUGAAGCCCAACAAUAUCCUACUGGAUGAAGAUAUGGUUGCACAUGUGAGUGAUUUUGGUAUUGCAAAACUCUUGAAUGAUGGAGAUUCUAAGACACGAACCACAACACUAGCCACUAUUGGGUAUAUGGCACCAGAGUACGGAUCAAUGGGGAUUGCUUCUAUAAGAGGUGAUGUCUACAGCUUUGGUGUUUUAUUGAUGGAAACUUUCAUAAAAAAGAAGCCUACAGAUGAGAUGCUUGCUGGAGAAAUGAGUUUAAAGAAUUUGGUAGAGUCGUCAUUGCCUCAUGCAGUGACUGAAGUUGUGGAUGCUAAUUUGUUGAGAGACCAGAAUCCUUUUGAUGCCAAAGUGAAUUGCGUGUUAAGCAUCAUGGACUUGGCUUUGAAUUGUUCAAUGGAGUCACUUGAACAGAGGAUCAGUAUGAAAGAUGCAUUAGCAAAACUCAAGAAGAUCAAAUUGCAGUUUCAUAAAGAUGUUGGGGCACCUAAUUAA